AUGUAUUUGGGUAUUAUUUAUUAGGAAUAAAAAGCUUUGAUUGUAUGUACACCUACUGAUCAAAACCCAAUUUAUUGGUAGCUUGACUCAUAAGGAUAUAUUUAAAAAUAAGUAAAGUUAAUUCAGUGUUAAUGUACAACAGACACAAAUGACAAAUCCUUUGUGAAUAAUAAUAUGUUAUACAUAUUUACUUAUGAAAGUGGUUUUUACUCUACUGUUUCAUUUAGUGAUAUUGUAAAUGCCUUAGAUUAAUCAUCAGUAAAGUGCUUAUAAUAUUAAGAAUCAGGAUAAUAAAAAACAAGACAUUUUUUUUAUAAUGAAUUUUUCAUUAUAACAUUAAAAUCUAAGCUUAUAAUUAGAAAAAAUUUUGAUUUGGAUAGCAAUAAUAUUGAUAGUAAUGUUAUAAUUAAUAAAACAUUCAAUCAUUUUUCUGAAAAUGAUAGUAGAUGUAUUACUUAUUUUGACGGGUAGUCAAGUUAUAUUUUUUGGAAAGGGAUAGAAUAUUUAAUCAAAAGAUCUACUACUGGUGAUUAUAAAUAUUAUCUUAUAGAUGAAAACAGCUUAUUAUUCUUUGAUAAUGUUUCUAAUUCAAUCUAAUAAUUUCAAUUUGACAGUAAUAAUAAUUAAGUAAUUAAGAAAAAAAGUGUUAUUCUUGAUUAGGGCUCUAUUUUUUCUCAGCUUUUUACAAUUCCAGGAUAUCCAAAUUAAGUAAUUGCCGUUUACAAAGAUAACUUGCUCUAAUUAUAUAAUACAUAAACUCUAAAUUAACUUUAUUCUAUUGAUAAUUCUUAAAUUGGCACAUCUUUAAACUAAAUAAGACCUUUCAAUUUAAUAUUGACAUAUCAAAAUGUAUUAAUUGUUGGUACAGAUAAAUAUACUUUAGCAUAUUCAAAUAAUGCUUUUUCAUCCUAAAAGAUCUCAAUAAAUAAUAAAUAUCAACUUCCAUGCACAGAUAUCCUAUACAGAAGAGUUUUUUAAAGCAUAAAAUCUUAGAUAUUAUUUGAUUCAACUGAUUACUACUUUAUAACUAUGGACGAUUUAGUUUGUAACCCAGGUUAAUACAUGGAUUCAAACAAUUAAACUUGCUCACCAUGCCCAUAAAACUGCUCUAAAUGCUUGAAAACUCAAUAAUGUUAAAUUUGUAUAACAGGAUUUACUUUAAUAAGUAAUAAAUGUCUACAAUAAAUAAAUAAUUGUAAAACCUAAACAUCUGAAAGUUAAUGCUCAGAAUGUGUUUCAGGGUAUGUUUUAACUAAUAAUUAAUGCUUCAAAUAAAUAGCUAAUUGUAAAACCUAAACAUCUGAAAGUUAAUGCUCAGAAUGUCUUUCAGGGUAUGUUUUAACUAAUAAUUAAUGCUUCAAAUAAAUAGCUAAUUGUAAAACCUAAUAAUCUGAUACUUAAUGCUCAGAUUGUGUUUCAGGGUAUGUUUUAAUUAGUAAUUAAUGCUUCAAAUAAAUAGCUAAUUGUAAAACCUAAACAUCUGAAAGUUAAUGCUCAGAAUGUGUUUCAGGGUAUGUUUUAACUAAUAAUUAAUGCUUCAAAUAAAUAGCUAAUUGUAAAACCUAAACAUCUGAAAGUUAAUGCUCAGAAUGUGUUUCAGGGUAUGUUUUAAUUAAUAAUUAAUGCUUCAAAUAAAUAGCUAAUUGUAAAACCUAAUAAUCUGAUACUUAAUGCUCAGAUUGUGUUUCAGGGUAUGUUUUAAUUAGUAAUUAAUGCUUCAAAUAGAUAGCUAAUUGUAAAAACUAAAUAUCUGAAAGUUAAUGCUCAGAAUGUGUUUCAGGGUAUGUUUUAAUUAGUAAUUAAUGCUUAAAAUAAAUAGCUAAUUGUAAAACCUAAUAAUCUGAAAGUUAAUGCUCAGAAUGUGUUUCAGGGUAUAUUUUAAUUAAUAAUUAAUGCUCCCAAUAAAUAGCUAAUUGUAAAACCUAAUAAUCUGAUACUUAAUGCUCAGAAUGUGAUUCAGGGUAUGUUUUAACUAAUAAUUAAUGCUUCAAAUAAAUAACUAAUUGUAAAACCUAAACAUCUGAAAGUUAAUGCUCAGAAUGUGUUUCAGGGUAUGUUUUAACUAAUAAUUAAUGCUUCAAAUAAAUAUCUAAUUGUAAAACCUAAUAAUCUGAUACUUAAUGCUCAGAUUGUGUUUCAGGGUAUGCUUUAACUAAUAAUUAAUGCUUAAAAUAAAUAGCUAAUUGUAAAACCUAAAUAUCUGAAAGUUAAUGCUCAGAAUGUGUUUCAGGGAAUAUUUUAAUUAGUAAUUAAUGCUUAAAAUAAAUAGCUAAUUGUAAAACCUAAUAAUCUGAAAGUUAAUGCUCAGAAUGCGUUUCAGGGUAUGUUUUAACUAAUAAUUAAUGCUCCUAAUAAAUAUCUAAUUGUAAAACCUAAUAAUCUGAUACUUAAUGCUCAGAUUGUGUUUCAGGGUAUGUUUUAAUUAGUAAUUAAUGCUUCAAAUAAAUAGCUAAUUGUAAAACCUAAUCAACUGCUAAUUAAUGCGCAGUAUGUGAUUCAGGAUAUAUUUUAAAUAAAGAAAAAACUUGCUAAAAUGAUUAAUGUUAAGAAGGAUAAUUCUUAGAUAGCUCAUAGUAAUGCUAGUCUUGCAGCUAGAAUUGUAAAAUUUGUUCAUCUUCAACAAUAUGUUUGACUUGCAAUCAAAACUACAAUUUAAAUUUACAAAAAUAAUGUAUACCUUGUGAUAAUGAUCAAUUCUAUGAUGCUAUUUCUUAAAAAUGUACUACAUGUAUUAAAGAUAUGACUAAUAAGGGUUUAUGUGUGGCUUAGUGUGCAACAAAUCAAUAUUAUGACAAGGCUAAUCAAUAAUGUUAAAAAUGUUCUGUUUAAUAUUAAUGCAAGCCAAGUACUUCCUGUAGUGACUAAUAAUAUUACGAUUAAAGCUAAAUGUAAUGUAAAUCUUGUGAUAAAACUUGUUUAACAUGCUAAGGCCCUCUCAGGUCAGAUUGUAAGUAAUGCCAGAAACAAUAUGUACUUAUAGAGGGUAAAUGUGUUAUGAACUGUGAAAUUGGCUAAUAUUUUGAUGAGGGGAACCAGAGUUGUAAAAUUUGUAAUGGUAAUAAUAACAGCCAAUGCACAUAUUGUUAAAUCGGAAGUUUUUAUGAUAAAAGAAGUAAAAAAUGCUUAAAGUGUGAUGCUUCAUGUAAAACUUGUGAAGGAACUGGUAUUAACUAAUGCACAUAAUGCUUUUAAGAUGCUAUUUUAGCCAGUGGAUUUUGUUAAUAAUGCUAAAAUGGAUUUUAUUAUGAUCCAAAAUUAUUAGCUUGCAUUUAGUGUGAUAAAAGCUGUAAAACUUGUAAAGGUGGAAGUAAAAACGAUUGCUUAUCAUGUGAAACUAAGUUUAAUCUAAACAAAAAUCAAUGCACAAUAUAUUAAAGUGAUGAGUAAUGUUAAAACAUAACAUCUUAUGAUGAAAAUGUAUUUGAUGAGUGCUUCUAAGGCUAUUAAUUUGCUUAACUUUCUUCUAUUUAUCUUUAGUUUUUGAUUUUGAGUUCAAUCUUACUUUCUUUUUUGCUAAUUUGCAUUUCUCCACUUUUCAGUCCAGUAAGCUGGUGCUACUUACAAAUUUAGCAAUUAAUUGGAAAUUACAUAUUUUCCCCUUACAUAAAUGUAUUAUAGAUAAACCAUUAUCACUUAAAAUACAGUUAUAUGCAUAAUAUUUUCAAUAUCAUCCCUAACUUCUAUAUUUAAAACUCUUCAACUUAGUUUAACUUAAAUUUAUUAAAUACUUUUAUAAGUGUAUAAAAUAUUUCUGAUAAUUACUCAAACAAUUGCUUUUACCAAAUAGUUAUAUUUUUGGUAGUUUCUUUUAUUAGUAUUAUCCUACUUAUAAAAUAAAGAUUCUUCUCGAAGACUAUAAAUUGGCUAGAUCGUUACAUUAACUGGAAUUACAUGAUUGGAGCAUUAAGAUUAAUUUCAAACUUUAUUAUCUUUAAUUUCUUUUUACUGCUUAGCUCAAAAUCUUGCUUAUCUGUUAUUGAUUACUCCUUUUUUUCAGCCUUUGCUAUCAUUUAUUCACUAUUUCAUUUUCUACUUUUCUCUAAACUUAAAUCAAUAGAUAAAUAUGGCCAAAAUUCUAACUUGUAAUUAAUAUCCCUUGCUUCUGUAGGCACUGAGAGAAUUCAUUUCCUAUAAAGAAUAUUUUGGAUAGGUUUUGAAUUAAGAAAGCUCAUAAUAUCAAUUAUGCAAGGAGCUCUAAUGCUUUCUAGUAACUAGUAUAAAUCAGUUCCUUGGAUUCAUUUUGUAAUAAAUAUUUUUUACUUAUUGUUGAAUAUAAAAUACAGGCCUUUUAAAUAGAAAAACAAUAAUCUAAUGUUAACUUUAAUGGAAACUUUUCAUACGCUUUUGAUAUUUUAGAUUUCAAUGGUAACUUCUACAAAUAGUGAGCCUUCGACUUUGGAAUAACCAUUUUUAUAAAAUAAUAAAAACUCUUAAGUUUUGUUUGGUUACAUUUUCAUAGCUUUAAUGGCACUCUUUGUAAUAACUUAUAUGCUAUUUUGUAUUUACAAAAUAACCAAAUACAUACUCAAAAAUAUAUGUAAGAGACGCUAAAUCUAAACAAAAAGUUGUGUAAAUGUUUCAAUUAACUAAUAAUUAUCCUCUUCUAAUACGAGUAAAAUAGACUCAUAAGAUUUUAUUAUAAAUCACUUAGAAUAAAAAGAGAUACAUUGGACAAAAAAUCCAUUAAAUAAAUAGUUUAAAUUAAAAGAUAGCAAAUAAGUAGUUCAGUUAUCAUCAAUUUAAUAACUUUGA